UUGAUUAAGAUAAAUUAGUAAAUAAUCUCAAAUUCGUUUUUUGGGUGUGUAGCAAUUAUAUAUUAAAAGUGCUAAAGAUGAAUGCAAACGAAGGUUCAUCAACCUCAAUCUCAUCUUUCAUCACCACGACAUAUGAUAUGGUCGAUGAUAGUUCAUCUGAUUUAAUAAUUUCUUGGAGUGAGAGUGGCAAGAGUUUCAUCAUUUGGAAUCCGGAUGAGUUUUACAACAAUCUCUUUCAAAGAUUUUGCUUCACGGACAACAAUUUAAUUUCCUUUUUCUCUUCUCUUAAUAAACAUGGUUUUGAGAAAGUCGACUCUGAAAAAUGGGAAUUCGCAAAUGAUAAUUUUGUGCGAGGGCAGCCUCACCUGAUAAAGAACAUUAUAAACUAUAUAAUAGAACAGAAUGUUCUUGUGCAGCAAAGAAGCGAUAUGUUAAAUAUGGAAAAAAUAUUUAAGCAGCAAGUAAAAGGAGUAAAGUAUCAGUUGCCACCAUAUAAGCGUAAUCCAAGCUCAAAACUUCCUUUCCCCACCAAAAUCUAUGAGAUGGUGGAUGAUCCUUCAUCGGAUGGUAUUAUCUCAUGGAGCGAGAGUGGCAAGAGUUUCAUCAUUUGGAAUCCGCAAGAAUUUUACAAAGAUCUUCUUCGUAGAUUCACCAUUCCCCUCCCUAUAUUUAUAUUCUUCUGUAAACUUGAGAGCUUUGGUUUUAGAAAGAUCAAUCCAGACAUGUGGGAAUUUGCAAAUGAUAAUUUUGUUCAAAACCAACCUCAGCUUAUAGAAAAUAUUAUAAGGAAACAUGUAGAGAAGAUGGAUCAGCAAGGUAAAGAUUAUGCCAGGAAGAAGAAUGUGCGGGAAGCAGGAGAUUUGUUUAAGUUGCAAGUCGAAGAAAUGGUAGAUAUGAGAAAGAAAAUGAGGAAGCUGCCCAAGGAAGUUAAGGGACAAGAGGUUGGACUUUGCAAAUUAUGAUUAUGAGGGCCAUCUGAUUUAAUGAAUAAUAUCCAUAAUGUCUAGCUUAUCAUUACCCAUAAAGUUCUAGUUUAAUUAUCAGUAUUUUUAUGAGAUUAUAUAUGUUAUAAUUAUUUUCUUUCUGUUGCUUUAGAUCU